AACCGUUUUAGGAUCGAAAGAUAUUCGCAUUCUCUCUCCUCGUGUACACAACACACAACUAAUCCAUAGCAGUUAGUGAUAGAGAUACCGUUUUUUCGGAAGCUUUCUUUCUGACUCACAAGAAUUUCUGAAGAAAAUAAGUCUUCGUAAUCAGGGACAUAAGAUGUCUUCCAUUCAAGUGCCAGGUAGAGUGGUUAAGUGUCUUCCUGGAUACUCUUUAGGUUCUUCGGGAAUCAACAGGCGUGGUGGUGGUGGUGGUUUCUCAUUUGUUUGUAAAGGAAGAUCGCCAAUAUUAACAAAGAUAUGGAAAAGGAAUAGAUAUCUUUCUCAUGCGGAUCAUCAUCUCUGCAAAUCGAGAUCUAUCAUUUACUCGGCUUUGGGCGAUUCUGAUGAGAUAUCAGCAAAUGACCUCAAAGGAGAUGAUAGUGCAGAAAAUCAACUAAUAGAAGCUGAGAAAGCUCUUUCAGAGGUUCAAGGAAGGCAAGAAUCGAUUGAAAAAGAGAGAGACAGAUUACUUGAAGAGUUAAAGGAGUCGGAAGCUAAACAUCAGGAAUAUAUGGCGGCCAUAAUGAGAGACAAAGAACUGGCUAUAUCUGAACUAGAAGCAGCAAGAUCAAUGUUCGAUAAGAAGAUGCAAGAGUCGUCAGAAGAAAAGUUUAAGAUGGAAUCCAAGUUGAUUCUUGCAAAGCAAGAUGCAGUUGAACUUGCUGUUCAAGUUGAAGAGUUGGCAGGUAUCACAUUCCAGCAGGCUACAGCACACAUGAUAGAAGACGCACAACUCAGGAUUUCAGCUGCUGAAACUUCGGCUGCAGAAGCUGCCUAUCAUGUUGAGGAACAAAUACGAAAUGCUACAGAAGGUGCUAUAGCAUCUAUUAUUGAACAAUCAAACAAAGCUAUAGAGAAGGCUUUGUCUAUUGCAGAGAGGGCGAGUGAUCAUUCUGCAAAAGCAGCCACGACAUUUACUAAUGACAUAAUCACUUCUGAUGAUAUUUCUUCCAGCAAGUCUCUGACCAUUGAGUUGAAAAAUUCUGUGAAUGAUUUAGAAUCAAGGUUGCUUCUGGCAGGAAAUGAGAUCAACAAGUUAAAGCUGGAAUUGGAUCAAACCGAUGCACAAGUCAAUGUAUUUAAACUUCGUGCAGAUGAGGCAGAGAAAAUGUUUCUUGAAUUCCAGGAAUCAUGUAGGAAAAAAGCUCUUCAACAGGAGGAGGAAAUUAGUUUGUUAAUGGAGAAGGUCAAGAAGGAUGCAGAAGAUACUAAAAUGGCUGCUUCUAAUGCUUUUAAAGUUGAAUUAGAAUCAAUUAAGGCUGCUCUUUCAGCUGUCAAAGAAACAGUCCAAUCCAAAGAUCAGAUCCAUCAAAAAAGAUGUGAAAUCGUGCAAAGAUCGUUGAAAGCAUCUGAAGCCACAGCCAACAAGUGGAAAGCGAGAGCAGAAAUAGCUGAAUCAUUUCUGUUGAAGACAGCACCUCUUAGUGAAGAAGACCGAGAUACACUAUUUGUGGCUAACGGUGGACGUGCUGAUCUUUUUAUGGUUAAUGAUCCACAGAAGUGGAAAUUAUUAACUGAUGGUCCUCGUAGAGAAAUACCAGAUUGGACUGCACGAAAGAUCCGUUCUGUCUCCCUCAAGCUCCCACCUAAAAAGCUUGACUUAUCUGAAGCCUUGAAAUCAAAAUAUAAGAGCUUGGAAUUGCCCAAACUGGAUGAAGUAUGGUCAAUUGCUCAUGAAAUUCCUAAAGAAGGUGACACACUUGUUGAGCAUAUAAUCGAGAAAGAUAUCAUAGAGAAGAAGCGAAAGACCUUGGAGCAUGUUCUUGAGAAGAAGACUAUUCAAUGGCAGGGAACACCAGAACUAAAAAAAUUAGAACCAGGAACUGGUACAGGGCGUGAGAUUGUGUUUCAAGGCUUCAAUUGGGAAAGUUGGAGAAGAAAAUGGUACCUGGAGAUGGCAUCCAAGGCAUCAGAUUUAUCAAAAUGUGGCAUCACCUCUGUAUGGCUUCCACCACCAACGGAAUCUGUUGCUCCUCAAGGUUAUAUGCCUUCAGAUCUCUACAACCUGAAUUCGGCCUACGGAACGAAAGAUGAACUCAAGUAUUGUAUAGAGGAAAUGCACAAUCACCAAUUGAUGGCGCUGGGAGAUGUUGUUUUAAACCAUCGUUGUGCACAUAAACAGAGCCCAAAUGGUGUAUGGAACAUCUUCGGUGGCAAGCUUGCUUGGGGUCCUGAAGCAAUUGUUUGUGAUGACCCCAACUUCCAAGGCCGAGGAAAUCCUUCAAGUGGCGACAUAUUUCAUGCAGCACCUAACAUUGACCACUCCCAAGAAUUUGUCAGAAAAGAUAUUAAAGAAUGGUUAAAUUGGUUAAAGAAUGACAUUGGUUUUGACGGAUGGCGCUUGGACUUUGUAAGAGGCUUCUCUGGUGAAUAUGUGAAAGAAUACAUUGAAUCUUCGAAUCCUGCAUUUUCAAUUGGAGAAUACUGGGAUAGCUUGGCUUAUGAGGGUGAUAAUUUAUGCUACAAUCAAGAUGCUCAUCGGCAAAGGAUUGUCGACUGGAUCAAUGCUACAGGCGGUACAUCUUCUGCAUUUGACGUCACAACAAAGGGUAUACUGCAUUCUGCUCUGCAUAAUGAGUAUUGGAGAUUGAUCGACCCUCAAGGUAAACCAACAGGAGUAAUGGGAUGGUGGCCAUCGCGUGCUAUAACAUUCUUGGAAAACCAUGAUACAGGAUCAACACAGGGUCAUUGGCCAUUUCCUAGAGAAAAGCUUCCACAGGGAUACGCUUACAUUUUAACACAUCCCGGAACGCCUACGAUAUUUUAUGACCAUUUCUAUGAUUUUGGGCUUCGAGAAACUAUAAACGAGCUGCUGGAAGCACGGAGGCGAGGUGGAGUCCAUUGCAGGAGUGGUAUAAAGAUAUUUCAUGCGAAUAACGAUGGGUAUGUGGGACAUGUGGGAGAUAAUCUGGUGCUGAAGAUUGGGCAUUUUGAUUGGAACCCGUCGAAGGAGAUUAAUCUUGAUGGAAGCUGGCAAAAGUUUAUUGAUAGAGGUUCAGAUUAUCAAAUUUGGUUAAGAGAGUAAUUAAAAUGCAA